AUGCGUCAUAUAUCAAAUAAAAAUGUAAGAGUUACAGUUUUGGAAUCAGUUAAAGGUGGAAUCAUUACUGGAAUUGGAGCAGGUUUGGGAGGUGGAGGCAUUGCUUCACAUUUUGCAAAAGAAUUUUUAACAUUAGGAGAAGUUUUAAUGGACCUUAAAGAGGAAGAGAAGAAAAAAUUAUGUGAUCUUUUAUUAGUCGCAAUAAACAUUAAAAUUCCCGCAUUGUUGUCAGUUUUGUGUAGCGCGUCCGAUCCUACUGUUGUAAAGAUAGCUCUCGAAGUAGUCGAAGAAUUUUUAAUGAAAGAAAAAAAUCUUAAAGUGACAUAUUAA